AUGGCUGACAUCAAGAUACAAGUUCUACGAUCGAGAGCGACAGUGAUGGGACGCUUUGACUGUUCACCACGAUUAGAUACAAGAGAAGUUCACAGACUAAAAGUAUCUGGUGAUAUUGGAGAAAUAGUAGAAUUAACAGCAGAUAUGAUUUCCUAUCCUGGUGCUAAUUUUCAAUGGUUUUAUAAAGAUAAUGGUAGUGAUAUAAUGAUUGGGAAUCAAGAAUCAUAUUUGGUCAUCAACAAUCAAAGAUUUAUUAACAGUUAUAGAUCUGUGUUAAGAAUGAACAUUACUUCAAAUGAGAUGUACAGACAGUAUUAUUUAAAUAUUACCAAUGAUGAUGGACUGAGUAAUAGUUUACAGUUCCUACUUAUAUCUGAGACUGUUCCAGAUAGUCCAGAACUUGUAUUAUUAAAUAAAACAUCAGAUACAAUUUGUAUUGAAUGGAAACCAGGAUCUAAAGGUGGAACAUCACAAAGUUUUAUAGUUCAACAUUCUACUGAUGAUAAAACAUGGGUCAAUUCUUCCACAAUACUAGAUGGUACCAAUAAUGGUCGAGUUGACUAUUGUAUAGAAGGAUUAGAACCAGAUACUAGUUAUUAUAUCAGAGUGAUAGCUAGUAAUAAAUAUGGUGAAAGUCUAAUUGGUACAUUAUCUCAGAGUGAACUUUUUAAAACAGCACCGAGACAAGAUCCUUAUAACAAUAUAACCUUAAUUGGGGGAGGGGUUGGUGCCGUUUUAGCUUUGAUAAUUAUUGUUAUAUUUGUUGUCUUGGUUAUUCGAAGAAAGAAAAUCAAAUCAAAAGUUAUAGACGCGAAUCCGGCCUACGUGAGUGUCGAUGAAUUACAAAAUGAUAAGGAAGAUGUAAAUAAUGAAGCCGCUGAAAAUACUACAGCGGCACCUACUUACGCUUCUGUAAAGAAAACAAAUAAAUCAAAACCAAUAGCUGAAGUCGCAACAGUUUAUUCCGCGGUACAAAAGAAAGAGGCUAACAAAAAAGAAGAUAAAAAGAAAUCUGGUGUGAAGAAAACAAUGAAAGGUAACGAUAUCAGAUCUGAAAGACAAAAUGCCAAAACCAAAAAGGCUGGUGAAGUCUAUGAAAAUGUCGGAAUAAUUGGUAAAGCCAAUAUCGGGCAGGAAAAUGUUUAUGAAAAUAAUUCUCUUGAGACUCCAGGAGAGAAAGUCAAUAAAGACUGUGAUGACUUAAUGUAUGUAGAUCUGAAGUUUGAUAAGGAACCGUCCAACAAGGUGAUCAAGAAACCGGUUGAUGAAGAUAAAGUGGAAUAUGGGAGUAUAGAUUAUGGUAAGAGAGGACCAACUCCACCUCCAGCUUCGGAUAGUAGUGAUGAAGAGAUGGACUAUCUUCCACCAAGACAUUAA